AUUAAUCAAUCAAAACGAUUUGUCAUUGGAUUUUGUAGAAGAACAAAAAGAAUUCAAUUCUACCUUUGUUCCAAUCAAUACUGAUACAUCAAUGAUUUCUGGAUAUUUUCUAUCCGAUAAAAGAUAUGAUGAUAAUGAUUUUUUGGAAAAUAUUGUUGACAACAACAAAUGUUGUUCUAAUCAAAUUCUAAAUUCUAAUCAAUCUAAUGGGAUAAAUUCAUCAUUACCGGACAAAGAUUUAGAAUCAUUGAAUUUGAUGACCGAAACUGAUGUUGAUGACCAUGAUGCUAUCGAAAAACUUUCCUGUUCAGAAUGUUCAAUUAAAUUCGAUACAUCCAAGCAAUUGUUACGUCAUCAACAAACACAUCAAUCAAACCGCAAACAUGUUUGUCAUAUUUGUGGUUAUCGAUCUCUAAGUAAAUAUCAUCUUGAUGGACAUAUCCGUAUGCAUUCAGGUAAAAAACUGUACAAAUGUGAUCAAUGUUUUUUUGCAACAACACUACAACGUAAUUUACAAAAUCAUAUCCGUAUUCAUACAUUUGAAAAACCAUUCAAAUGUAAUCAAUGCCAAUUUGCAACAGCACAAAAAGGUACUUUACAAAGACAUAUUCGCAUACAUUCAAAUUUAAAACCAUUCAAAUGUAAUCAAUGUCAAUAUGCAGCAACACAACAAGGUACUUUACAAAGACAUAUUAGUCGUGUACAUUCUUCUGAUAUGAAAUACAAAUGUGAUCGAUGUGAAUAUAGAUUUGAUUCAGACAAAAAAUUAAAUAAUCAUAUUCGCCAAAUGCAUACCACUAAUGAUGAUGAUAAUGAUGGACAAAAAAAACAUCAAUGUAAUAUUUGUUCCAAAACAUUUAAAUUGAAAUCCAAACUUGAACGCCAUAAACUUAUUCAUACAGAUGAAAGACCAUUCGGUUGUCAAUAUUGUCAUUACAGAUUUCGUCGUAAAGAUGCACUUCAAAAUCAUAUUAAAAAUUUACAUCCACAA